UUCUAACUGGACCAAAAUUCCACCACCACUUUUCAAAAAAGUUGUCAUUGUGCUGAUAGAUGCUUUGAGAGAUGACUUUGUGUUUGGAUCCAAAGGUAAACAGUUCAUGCCGUAUACUACACAAGUUGUUGAAAAAGGGACAUCCUACAGUUUCAUUGCUGAAGCGAAGCCACCCACUGUGACUAUGCCUCGAAUUAAGGCUUUGAUGACAGGUAGCAUACCUGGUUUCAUUGAUGUUAUUGUGAACCUCAAUUCUCCAGCUCUGUUGGAUGACAAUCUGAUAUGGCAGGCAAAAACAGCUGGGAAAAGAAUUAUCUUUUAUGGUGAUGACACUUGGGUUAAAUUGUUUCCAAAGCAUUUCGUGGAGUAUGAUGGAACAACAUCCUUUUUCGUGUCAGACUUUACAGAGGUUGAUGAUAAUGUUACCAGGCAUUUGGACAGAGUAUUAAAGAGAGAAGACUGGGACCUCCUAAUACUACAUUACCUGGGGUUGGACCAUAUUGGACAUGUGACUGGGCCAAACAGCCCAUUAGUGGGACCAAAACUUCGUGAAAUGGAUAACAUCCUGAAGAAGAUUCAUAUUUCUCUUCUUUCAAAGGAAGAAGCUUCUCUGCCCAAUUUGCUAGUUGUUUGUGGGGAUCAUGGGAUGUCUGAAACAGGUAGUCAUGGUGGUUCUUCAGAAGGAGAAGUGCACACACCGCUGCUGUUUAUCAGCUCUGCUUUUGAAAAGAGAAGUGGUCCUUUAACCCAACCUGAACUUGUGCAACAAACUGAUUUAGCUAGCACACUGGCAGUAGGUCUUGGCCUACCAAUUUCAAGAAACAGUGUUGGGAAUCUUAUAUUGCCAGUUGUAGGAGGCAAGACAAUGAGAGAACAACUACGUUUUGUGCACUUGAAUGGGUUCCAGCUUAGCAGGCUGCUGCAAGAGAAUACACCUGCAUAUGAAAAAGAUCCUGGAUAUGAACAUUUUAAGAUAGCAGAAAAGUCCCAUGGUAAUUGGAUCAAACUAUAUUUAGAGGGGAAUAAUUCAGAAAUACUCUUAAACCUUGGCAAAAAGGUCCUGAAGCAAUAUUUGGAGGCCCUGAAGACUCUGAGUUCUUCACUAAGCAAACAAGUGGCACAAUAUGACAUGUAUUCAAUGAUGGUGGGGACUGUGAUCAUUAUGGAGGUUCUGCUGCUGCUUUUGCUCAGUGUUCCAAAAGCCCUGAGCAGCCAGGCAGAAUUUGAAGUGCCCCUUUCCCCUCCACUAUUCUCUCUGCUGUUUUACUUGAUGUGUCUGAUGCUGUGUGCAGUUCACGUCAUUGUAUGCACAUCGGCAGAAAGUUUAUGCUAUUUCUGCAGUAUGUCCUGGUUAACAGCAGUUGGAGUGAUGAUGCUGAUUUCUGCACUCAUGUGCGGUAUUUUAUCUGCCAUUGCAAAGAUCUUUGAGAGUUCCAGACUUCGACUGAAGAAUCCAGUUGUGUCCAGUUCUAGCUGGUCAGAAAUAGAUGUGCUGAUUCUAGCUGGAACAAUUGGCCAUGUUUUGAGUUUGGGGGCAAGUAGUUUUAUAGAAGAGGAACAUCAAACCUGGUAUUUUCUUAUCAAUACACUUUGUUUGGUGCUGUGUCAGGAACUUUGUAGAAAUAAUUUUCUUCUGAAAGAAUGUGACCCUCAACAUAGCACCACUGUGAAACAAAAUUUUGAUGUUAUCAGAGAAGCCUCUGAGUGCAAGAAUAUAGACAUUCCAGCAGCAGGUAAUUCAAAAUUGGGCAAGGCCACCUCUUCAGCUGAAUUCAUAAAAGGAUCAGAUAAGUGGAUAAGUUUAGCGAGUCCAUGGAUCAUCCUUAUUUGCUGUCGGCUGCUUCGAUCCUUGAAUCAGACAGGCGUCCAGUGGGCUCAUCGGCCAGACUUUGGACAUUGGCUGACAAGCUCUGAACAUAAAUCUGAACUCUCCUUCUUGGCUGCAGUCUGCCUACUUAUGAUCUUCUUUCUGGUUCAAAGAAGAUGCUCACUGGCUUCAAAAAUUGCUAUGGCACUCGGGCUCCUGGGAAUCUACAGUUACCGGGCAUCUAUUGGGAAUGUCAUAUUUCCAUGGCAACGUGACAGCAAAGAUAUUUCAAAGUAA